GCCCUCCUCCUUCUCUACCCACCGUGCUUCCUGGGGUGGACCGCACGGUCGUGCAGAGUCUCCUCAAUGUCCUGCAGAUGCAGUCGCUGCAGAAGAGCUCUGUGCAGCUGAAGAGCCCCCUGUUCAACUUCGUGAGCGGCAGCGCUCCCUGUACACUCCCGGGGAUUCAGGCGUCUGUCGCCCUGACCCCAGGCUGCUUCUCGAUGGCCUACAACGUCCAGCCUUGUUCCCCUACCUCCUCAGUGAGCAUCAAGUACUAGUGGGUUGUAAGUGUUGAGUUGCCGUGUAUAUCGUAAUAAAUACUGUACAAUAG